CCUGUUUGUCGUCAUGGUGCCAGCAGGACAGCUGGGCUGUAUUUAAGGUCCUCCUCUUCUGAACUCUGACCAGAACGACAAAGACACCUUCUGCUACAUCACACAGCCAGAGAGGAGGGAAGAAUAAACCCUGAACCAAAGGACUCAAAUCGGACCCUGAAGACAACUGCACGUUUUUUAGGCUGCAAAUAGUUUUGAUUCCAUGCAGGAAGAUGGUCAGUGUGGUGGAUAGAGUGGUAUUUGUUUUCUUCGUCACAGCACAGGUUUUUACACUAGUCUGGUGCCAGGUGUGUCCACGUCGAUGCCAGUGCCCUAAAGAGCCUCCCAUGUGUCCCCCUGGGGUGCCUCUGGUUCUGGAUGAUUGCAUCUGCUGCCUGGUGUGCGCCCGUCAAAAAGGGCAGGCGUGCUCUGACAUGAACCCCUGUGACACACGUAAAGGGCUCCAAUGUGACUACUCAGCUGACAUCCACAAGAGGACUGGUAUUUGUGCAGCUCCCAGGGUAGCUGUGUGUGUUAUAGACGGCUCUGUCUACCAGAACGGUCAGACCUUUUUCCCCAGCUGUAAGUACCAGUGCAUAUGCCGCGACGGGCAGGUAGCAUGUGUGUCACGCUGCAACGUGGAUGUUAUGCUGCCUGGACCAGACUGCCCCAUGCCACGCAGGAUCCAGGUGCCUGGAGAGUGCUGCGAGAAGUGGGUGUGUGAGCCCCAGGCUGGGGCCAGUGCACUGGGCGGCUUUGCCAUGGCAGGUGAGAAGAUUGCAAGUAGGAUGAAAUGAGAUGGGCUGUUUAUACUGAGGUGUACAUAAGCUGCACAUUGUUUUUUGAAAUUGGAGUCACUCCUCUGUGAGACACAGUGCUAAAAGGUUUUGCAUAUUUCUUUGACAUUUUUAGAGUUAAGGUAGUAAGAACCAGGAGAAGGAGUAAAAGAAGAAAUUAGAGUAAGAUUUGAGGACGAGGAAGCACAGAACAAAGAGACAGUGUUGCAACAUGAGUCUGGAAUGUGCAACCUGAGCAUGGUCUCUUAAACACGCCAAGGCACAUGGU